UUCUCAUUGCUAAUCAGACGCACACUGGGAUUUGGGAUUUUACCCUGAGAUAAAAAAAAAACAUUUCGAAAACAACGGCAGACACCAAACUGCAGUCCAAGAAGAACGACAAAAGAAAUUCACUGGUGAACAACAUAACCUGCAUUCAAAAUGUCCAGCACCGCUGUACCAAUGCAGAACAUGGGGAAUGGCUACACCAUUGUGACUCAUGUUAUUUCCCAACCAACGGCACCAGCUGGAACAGAAAGCGUCGUUGGUCUUGGUCAGUUUAAGAAAUUUCUGAAAGGAGAGCCAAAGACAUUAGGAACCAUACAAAUAAUGAUUGGACUGAUGACUAUCUUGUUUGGUAUUGUGAUAACAAUCGACCCUAUUACCAUCACUGUCUACUCUGGUAUCACAUUUUGGGGCUCUUUGUUUUACCUCAUUGCUGGUUCACUCACUGUUGCAGCAAGUAACAAACAUAAUCGCUGUUUGGUGAACAGCUCUUUGGUGCUUAAUGUGUUUAGCACUAUAUCUGCAGGAAUAGUCAUCAUCCUGCUUUCCCUGGAUUUGGCCUUCAGUCGAUACUUUUACUCCUGCUAUGACUAUGGUUAUAAUUGCUCAUCCUACAAAACUUUGACCAGGGGAACAAUUGGAGUGUUGCUGGUGUUCUCUGUGCUUCAGUUCUUCAUCUCCAUCACCAUCUCAGCCUUUGCCUGCAAAGCCACCUGCAACACCGAACCCUCUAUGAACAUUGUCACAGUGGUUCCAAACCCACUGGAAUGUCAUCCAGUGGUCAGUCCCUUGUCUACUUCCAGUGGCCAACAGGGACCGCAAGCCAUCAGCAGCACCAUAAUGAACUGUCCAUCUGUGGAAAAUCCUCCACCUUAUAGUGAGAUGAAGGGCCAACCAGUUAACUAAGAUUAAAUGCAAAUAUGCGGUAUAGAUUAUGGGAUGCAAAAAGCCCACACACAGCAGCAUUAUGUUUUGACAAAUAUAUGCCUAUGGGUACACAUAUUCACAAGUAUCCUAACACUUGGUAUGAUGCUCUUAUCAUUUGACCAACUGUACAUUAUUCUCCUGAUGUUUCAUUGCUUAAUAAUGUCAUGUGGUGAUGGGACGCAAGGUGGUGCACUGAUUUUUGUAAACUGUUACAAUUAAGAUGGCAGCACUUGGAAGGUACAUAAAGAGGAAGGUUUGGAAUGUUUUAUAACCUUGUUAACUGCAUCCUACAGCACUAUGUAUGGGAAUUUGGCUAUAUAUAUAUAUAUAUAUAUAUA